AUGGCUGACGCUCCCAGAGGACGAGGUGGAUUUGGUCGUGGACGUGGUGACAGGGGAAGGGGACGAAGGGGACCUCGUCGUGGUGCCCGCAAAGACGAUGAGAAGGAAUGGGUUCCCGUCACUAAACUCGGCCGUCUCGUCAAGGAUGGAAAGAUCAAGUCCAUGGAGGAGAUCUAUCUCUUUUCCCUGCCCGUCAAGGAGUUCCAGAUUAUCGACUACUUCUUACCCAAACUCAAGGAUGAAGUCAUGAAAAUCAUGCCCGUCCAAAAGCAAACUCGUGCCGGCCAGCGUACUCGUUUCAAGGCGUUCGUUGCCAUCGGAGACUUCGAUGGUCAUGUUGGAUUGGGAGUCAAGUGCGCGAAGGAAGUUGCAACAGCUAUCCGUGGUGCCAUCAUUCUCGCCAAGCUCUCUGUCAUCCCGGUGCGAAGAGGUUACUGGGGUGCUGCCCUUGGUGAACCCCACACCGUGCCCUCCAAAGUCAGCGGGAAAGUCGGUUCCGUCAUGUGUCGUCUCAUCCCAGCACCACGGGGUACUGGUAUUGUCGCUGCGCCUGCCUCGAAACGUAUACUGCAGCUUGCCGGUGUCGAAGAUGUGUACACCCAGUCGAAGGGCUCCACUGCCACGAUGGGCAACUUCUUGAAGGCAACUUUUGCUGCCAUCACCAAAACAUACGCGUUCUUGACGCCAGACUUGUGGAGGGAUAUUCCCGUGUCCAAGCUUCCCUACGACGAGUACAGCGCACAUCUUCAGCUUACUGCAGGGAAGAAAUAG